ACGGAGGCUGUCACGGCUGGGAUUAACCUCAGGGAGGGGGUGGGGGGGUUACGUCUCUGGGGAGAAGCUUCUUUUCUCCUUCCUCAGCAGGGAGACCAAGCAAAGAGAAAAAAAAAACUAGUGUGCACUCCUCCUCACAAAGAGAGGAGCUCCUUUCGUCCUUUAUUCCAGGGGGUUUCCUUGUUUUUUCCCUGAAGGGGUGAAGACAGGGGAGUUCUGCCGGGGAGACCAUCACAACCGGGGUUUCAGUAAGGCUGGCACUUUCGCCACUGCAAGAAGCUGAUGUUAGUUUGGAGGCCUCAGGCUGUCGUUUCGGUGCUUUGAUGAGGUAACAGUGAACCCCGGUUGCCCAGCCCCUCUAUUGCACCACCCCUUUCCUCCUCUCUACCCCUGUCCAACCAGCCAAGCCAUGGGCCAGAAGAUCUCAGGGAGCAUCAAGUCUGUGGACGUACGUGGGGAGCCAUCCUACAGGCCCCUGAGGAGGGAACUUAGAGGUCCAGAUUUCUUCAAGCCAGCCCGGCUGGACUUACUCCUGGACAUGCCCCCUGCUCCAUAUGAGCAGCAGCUUCGACAUGCCUGGAACCCGGACGACCGCUCGCUUAAUAUCUUCAUCAAGGAUGACGACAAACUCACCUUCCAUCGGCAUCCUGUUGCCCAGAGUACUGAUGGCAUUCGUGGACGGGUGGGAUACACACGAGGACUCCAUGUUUGGAGGAUCAAUUGGCCUGUUAGGCAACGGGGCACACAUGCGGUUGUGGGUGUGGCCACACCAGAUGCCCCUUUGCACUCAGUGGGUUACACUUCUUUAGUUGGAAGUGAUAGUGAGUCCUGGGGCUGGGACCUGGGACGUAACAAGCUCUACCAUAACAGUAAGAACCGACCAGCCUCUUCUGCACCCACAUACCCAAGCUUUCUGGAGCCAGAGGAGGCAUUUGUGCUGCCAGAUGCCUUGAUAGUAGUGCUGGACAUGGAUGAGGGCACGUUGAGCUUCAUGGUGGACGGACAGUACCUUGGAGUAGCCUUCAGAGGUCUUAAGGGCAAAAAGCUGUACCCCAUUGUCAGUGCAGUGUGGGGCCACUGUGAAAUCACCAUGCGCUACAUCAAUGGCCUAGAUCCGGAGCCUCUCCCUCUAAUGGACCUGUGUCGACGUGCAGCGCGGGUAGCUCUGGGACGAGAGCGCCUACAGGAAAUCGAGACGUUGCCUUUGCCCCAAUCUCUGAAGAAUUACCUCCAGUACCAGUGAGAGCACGGGCCCUCACAAAGAGACGCACACACACAGACACAGAGAGGAACCCCGAGGAGCUACCAUAGCGCCACCAUCAGGUCGCAGAGGGAAAAUGUUUACAUUGUGGAUCACUGGUGGAAUCUUAAAUUAGUUUUUUUGUUUUGUUUUUCAGUUUUUAUUUUCCUCUUUAUGAGUUGUUUAAAUUAUUGAUGGCUUUGGAAGAAGCUCGAGGGACAGUGUGACGCAGGACUAGAGCGGCGGCUCAACAGACCUGCAGCGCCUCCAGGAGUACGUCUCGCCCUGAAGAAUACAACAGGAAGCGACGUUUCAGAAAGCACAUUAACCUUGCGAUGCCUUUGAAAGCCCACAUAGUUAUAAUCAUUCCUCUUUCCCUGUGUGUAAAGCCUGCAGAGCAGAGUCAUCAGACACAGGAGACCGAGUCAAAAUCCACCACACGGGAGCCUCUGGAAGGAACAAGCCCUGGAAGGUGCCGAAGCGGUGCAGGUAUCUUCGCACAGGAUCACCGGGGGCGGUUACACGACUGACAGCAACCAUUUUCCUUGUUUUUUUGUGUGUGGGGGGGGGGGGUGUAUU